CAUGUCUGCCGAACUUGCCGUCGUUUACGCCGCUCUCAUCCUCCAGGAUGACAACGUUGAGAUCACUGCUGACAAGCUCCAAACCCUUGUCAAGGCUGCCGGUAUUGAUGUUGAGCCCGUCUGGUUCAGCCUCUACGCCAAGGCUCUUGCCGGUCAAAACUUCGGUGAGCUUCUUAUGAGCGUUGGUACCCCCGGUGCUGGUGGUGCUGCUGCCCCUGCUGCUGGUGCCGCUGCUGGUGGUGCUGCUGAAGCUCCUGCUGAGGAGAAGGAAGAAGAGAAGGAAGAAUCCGACGAAGACAUGGGCUUCGGUAAGUGCAUGCAAAAACAUUAAUGUUUCGUUGCAAGAAGAUCGUGUGGCUAACGUGGGAUUUUUAAAUCAAUUUAGGUCUCUUCGAUUAAACGUGCAAGAUAUCUCUUCCCAUAUCUUUGUAUCUGCAAAUAAAUUUCCUUUCACUACAGCAUAAAUCCAAGAAACGUGU